AUGCCCCCCAGCGCGGCCACUCAGUCCACCACUGCUGCUGCCCACACCUCCGCAGCCGCUUCUCGACACGACCCUGCCGAAACCUCUGACGCAGAAACAGAGCCUCUCCCCUACGACGACGACGAACAAGACGGUGCUGCCGACGACGUCAUGGAUCUCAACGAUCUCGCUCAGCACGCGGCUGCCUCCGCUGCGGCUGCUGUCGACAGCGAUCUCGAUGCGCCCGGCGAGGCUGCCGACGUCUCUAUGGAGCACUCUCAGCUAGAGCCAUCACAGGCAGAAGACCCAGCUGAUGAAGAGGAUGACGACGACGACGACGGUGCAGACGGCCACGACGCCGUCCCCGGCUCCCAGCUUUCAGCCGCUCAAGAUCCCAACUCCAACAUGAGCUCGCCGCAAAAGACCGGCGGCUUUACAGGCGACGAAUUCAGCGACGAGAGCGAGCUCACCGACGAAGACGACGAUCAGAACGAAGACGAAGACGGUUCGUCGCUCUCAGACGAUGAUCUCGGUGGAUCAGACGACGAGGAUGAAGAGGAAGACGAAGAAGACGACGAUGCAGACAGCAAGACCCACGAGGACGAAGCAGCCGAGGCGCUCGCCGCGCUGACUGGCGGUGCCGAGGGCGCAGCUGACGACGCAGGCGCAGCAGCCGGUCUCGAUGCCCUCGCAGCCCUCGCAACAGCUGGCGAAGCCGAUGCCGACGACGGCGAAGACGUCGACGAGGACGAAGACGACGAUGUGUCCGAUGGUGAAGUUGCCCAGACAGCAGCAGGGCCACGCGCCUCCCUGAUUGGCGCUGCCAAGCCCGGUCGACUGCAACAGCUCCGCCAAGAAGGUGAUGGCGACGAUCUCAGCUCCGACAUCACUCCCGAACCCGAAGACGGUGCAGACGGAUCUGAUCAAGAGGAUGCCGGCUCGCCUCGCGACACGGAUCUCGAUCUCAUUGCAUCCAUGAAGAAGCGUGCGGCCGCCACUGGUGGCGCUACCAGUCUACUCGAGCCAGAGCAGCUGGUCGACAGUCUUCCAGGAUCCGCCUCUACCUCGCGAGCUGGAUCUGUUCUUGGCGACGAUGACGAAGCUGAAAAGGCCGAUACCGUCGAAGACCACGAUGCCGACUCAAAGGCACCCGAAGCCGAGCAAGCAGAAGCGGAACACCUCGACACCGCCGCAGGCACUCCAGCACCCGACGCCGCCGAGCACGAAGACGACACCUCGACCGACGAAGCCGCCAUCCGACGACAAGACGCUAUGGAAGCGCUCACCAAGAUCGAGAUCGGCUUCGCCAUGCUGCGCGACCGUCUCUACGUCGAACGCCUCCAAGAGAUCUCCAAAGAAGGCGACAUGAUCCUCGACGGCACGCAUCCGGAACUGCUCCACCUCAACAAAGCCAUCGAGAUGCGUCGUCAGCGUCGCACCGAGCUCGUCGAGAUGUGGUUCGAGCAGCAGGAGCAGCAGUACGAGCGCGUCGCCAAGGCGGAAGAGUUUGCCGCCUGGAGCAUCUGGCGUUCGAGCUGUGCGAGCCUGCGUCGCGACAUGAUGGACGAGUAUAGCCGCAAGCGCAGACGCCUCGAUCGCGAGAAGCGCACCCUCGACGCACCGAGGCCCGCACGAAGGCAUCAGAUCUUCGAGACCGAGCUGGUGAGGAAUCCGGACCGACUGCACAUUCCAUUGGACCCGGCGGCGCUGAUGCAAGGCGGUGAGCGGGCCGAGGUGAACGGGGCGAAAGGUGGGAGGAAGGGGUCCGCGAAGCGCAAGGCGAUCGCGCGCGAGAUCGAUGCAGGCGACGAGUUCGUGGCCUACCCGGACCUCAAAGGGCUUGCGGAAGCGGAUGUCAUGAUGGACAUCGAGCAGAUGGGUAUCCGACCGGGCGGUGUGCCACCAGGCAUGUACGACCCAUUCUACGGUGCUCCUGUCGGGCUCGAGUUCCAAAAUCCAGAAGUGUACGCCAUGUACGGCCCCGAGGCUGCAGCAGCAGCAGCUGCAGCGGCGGCGGCGCAGGCACACAUGAACGGCAUGCCGUAUGGUCUUCCACCUGGAGCGCGUGGUAUGCCACCACCGCCACCAGGAAUGAUGGCACCAGGCACGCCCGGAUCCGUCCACACACCCCACCGUCAGGGCAUGCCACCGCUCCCACCACCACCGCCCGGAGCGAUGCACCCAGGCAUGGAGAUGGGCAUGAUGGGCUUCGACCCCUACGCCGCAGCCGAGAUGGAGCGCGCGGCACGCAUGCAUCACCGCGAGCAGCAAGCGCGCAUGGGUCUUGACCCGAACGAUCCGCACCACCGAAGCUCGCCAUUCCCGCCAGACAUGUACGCGCCCUACCCACCGCAUUUCCUGCCGCCUGGAGCGGGUGGGCCUAUGAACGCAGGCAGAGGCGGCAUGCCCCCCUCGCCGACCCCGCCCCAUCGCAGUGGGCGCAAGGAACGCGGAAGUGCGGACGACGUCCAUGCGAGCGGCGGUCGUGGUAGGGGUUCGGUCAAGACGACGGGAAGAAGCAAGCCGAGAGCGCAUCGAGAUGGUGUAUCGCCACCGCACGGGAAAGGGAAGACGAACCUCCCUCCCCCACCAUCGAUGUCCAGCGGCGCGGUGGGCGGCGUGGACGAGAGGGAUAUCAAGAUGAGCAAUGGCACGGCAAGGCAUCCGGCGCAUAGGGACUCGGCCAAGGCGAUGGGUCCGGGCUUUGGUGCAGGGAGACCGGGACCUCCAGCUGCGACGCCGGUCGCGACGGCUGCAGCUGCCGGCGUGGGCAACAGGAGCUUGUAUCCGUCAGAUUAG